AUGGGCAUUUCGAUGUCAAAGUCAGUGCAAAAAGAUGUCACUGUACUACCUCGUCUUGGAAGCGGAAGAUUUGAAGUUGGAUGCGCCGAAAUUAUGCUCAGCGAUAGUGAGAAUGACGAUGAUGUUGGUAUUCUGUCGACAAUCUACUAUCCAUCCGAUAGCGCACUCACAUCAGAUGAGCAAUCACAGCACCCUUUAUGGCUUCCAAGGGAGGAAUACAUCGAUGGUUUAGCAGACUUUCGGAAUUCAUCUUCUCUCUGGAUGCGUUUCAUGCACAGAUGGUUUAUUGGAGAGAAAAGGAUUCCCGCGCGUUGGCAUCUUGCCUUAAAUAACACCGUAGCUAACUAUCCAGUUUUGAUAUUUUCUCAUGGUCUUUCAGGAUGUCGUCACUUUUACUCAAUUUAUUGCUCAUCACUGGCAAGUCAUGGUUAUGUUGUAGCAGCUGUUGAGCACAGAGACUGUUCAGCUUGUUGGACAUAUAAAUUUGAAAUUGAUAAAAAGACAGGAGAGAGAAUAGAAGUACCAGUGAAAAUUCGUAAACUUAUGCCAACCGACGAUGAAUUUCAGCUACGAAAUGGGCAGCUUCACAAACGAAUAGCGGAAUGUGUCAAAACGUUACGUGUACUCGAGGAGUUAAAUUUAGGACAGUAUAAUUCGGACCGACUAACUGGGAAAAAAUUAUUGUUGGGGAAGGAUUUCGCAUGGUCACAGUUCAAGGGUCGCAUAGACAUGUGCAGGAUAUUUAUUGCUGGUCAUUCGUUUGGUGGUGCAACAGCUGUCGCAGCAGCAGCAGCUUUUCCUGCUUAUUUUUCUGCUGCCGUUAUACUCGACGGAUGGAUGUUUCCCAUUGAAAGGGAAUUGUUUACACGUGUUCAACAACCUGUUUUGUUUAUGAAUGCCGAAAACUUCCAAUGGGAAGAAAACGUAAAAGAUAUGUUGCAAGUUAUCGAAAACUCGAAGCGCAGCGUUUUACUUACAUUCAAUGAGGCCUUGCAUCACUGUUUCACAGAUCUUCCUCUUUUGAUUCCGGGAAUGCUCUGCCGCUGGUUAGGCAUACAAAAUUUAUGCGAUCCGGUGCAGUGUGCCGAAGCAAUAGUUGAAUUAACUGCGCAUUUUUUGAAAUCUUAUUACGAAGAUUCUCAUUCUGCUUUUAACUUGUUGACAUAUGAAAAGAUCGUCACAGUAGGAACAAAAUUUGCCUCGCAAACAUUUUUAAUAUCCGCAUAAAUGCAUCACGUUGUCGCCAUCUUCUCUUUUGGAGGAGGGACUUGCAACAGCUGCUUAAUUUCCGAAUACUUCACCUAUUUAAAUGCCACUUCUUACUUGCUUCCUUGAUAGGUACUGGUUAUGGGCGAAAAAGUUCGCAAUAUCCUCGAGGGAGGAUGCAGAAAUGUGAAAUCAGGCUUAGCGCUACCUGAAAUAAUACUUAAAACUCAUUAAGCGAUGAUCUACAUCUUCUUUGAAACAACUAUUAUUUAGUUCUUUUUGUAUCUUUACUUCUCUUACACUAAUUUCAAAGUGUUCUACUCAGUCUAUUGUCUAGUCCAAUUGUAGACAGUUUAUCCGACAGAAAUC